AUGACAGCAAUGGCAACGUUUCUUGACGCUCUCAACGCCCAGAUUGCUGCCGGCAACCUUAGCAUCCCCGUCUGGAUGCGAGCGCAGCUCCACAUCGUUACCUUUGUCUCGUUCACCGACGACUUGUUCGAGCACCUCAAGCCGAACGCUCCCGCUCACCGAGUGGCGCCGGUCUGGAUCGCACCCAACUCGCUUGAAAGUUACCACCAGAUUGGCGUUCGACUGCGCGAUGUUGAAGUCCAUCCGUUCAUCCAAGCGGCCAUGGCGGCGGUGCCAGAAGGUCAACACUUGGCCGACACGUUCCAUUUGACGGACAAAGCCCACCAACCUCGCCCCAUGGGCGGUCCAUUGGGUCGCGUAGCCCCUCCAGCGCCCUUGCGCCGUGUGCUUUGGUAA